CACGGGGCGGUCGAACCGCAAGCCAUUUUGGGGGACGGUGUCAGUUUUCCAGCGAGCCAUCAGCACUGCGCUGUACAAAGACGCGAUUCGAGGACCUUGGCUGAGAGAAAGGGCGUUUUUUCCCCCUGCACUCUUUGGAUCCUACGCGGAAUUAAAUCUAAUCUAAGCGCCGUUGUUCGCACCCGAAACCCGGAAGGAGCGUUUUUUUUUCUCUCCGCUACUAAAAUGCGCCGUAGCGACGAGUCUGAUUGCAAUUGACAGCGUCUGCAGCUCUUUUUCAAAAUGGCCGCUUGGCUCGCGCUCGCUUUCUGCUGAUCGACUCGCAACUUUUCAUUGUCUCAACUCCGCUCUUGAGGAUUCAACCCGGUCUCCUACAGGCCCUUUCCCUUCCAUGACGAUGCAUCGCACAACAAGGAUCAAGAUCACAGAGCUCAAUCCACAUUUGAUGUGUGUAUUAUGCGGUGGAUAUUUCAUUGACGCAACCACAAUCAUUGAAUGCUUGCAUUCGUUUUGCAAAAUGUGCAUUGUCCGCUACCUGGCGACCAGUAAAUACUGUCCCAUAUGUGAUGUCCAAGUGCACAAAACAAAGCCUCUUCUCAAUAUAAGGUCUGACAAAACUCUGCAGGACAUUGUGUAUAAGCUGGUCCCAGGUCUUUUCAAAAAUGAAAUGAAGCGAAGAAGAGAUUUCUAUGCAGAACACCCAUCAGUAGAUGCUGCGAACGGUUCUAAUGAAGAUCGAGGUGAAGUCGCUGAUGAGGAUAAGAGAAUCAUCACAGAUGAUGAGAUUAUCAGUCUGUCAAUCGAGUUUUUCGACCCCAAGGCCAAACAGCAAAGUAGUGAGGGAGAGAAACAGCCUAAAGAUGAGGUAAAUAACAAGAGGUACUUACAGUGUCCUGCUGCCAUGACUGUAAUGCAUUUGAGAAAAUUUCUGCGAAGUAAGAUGGAUAUACCGUGUUCUUUCCAGAUUGAAGUGAUGUAUGAGGAUGAGCCGCUAAAGGACUACUACACAUUAAUGGACAUUGCUUACAUUUACACAUGGAGAAGGAAUGGGCCGCUACCCUUGAAAUAUCGAGUACGUCCCAAUUGCAAAAAAAUGAAGAUAACUCACACACAGGACGGCUUAAGCAGUGCCAACCGCUCAGAAAGUGACUCUGCGAGUGACCAGGCCAAUAGCCCAGCAGGAGCUCCAUCUACAUCGUCACCACUACAGAGUCCAAGCACACCCGUCCAGUCCACUCAUCCUCAUUUUCCACAUAUUUCCAACCCAGUCAACGGUCCAGUCAAUGGCUCCUCAAUGGCAAGCCCCAAUCGGCAAUUUACUUUCAGCAACAACAAAAUGCGAAAAUCAUCUCUGAACGGAUCCUCUACUUCUUCAGGGUGAUUGAGUUCAAACCCGACCUGAAACAAAUCCAGAUUACCCAGCUAUUUUUCAUGCCAAUGUCAUGCCAUUGUAGCCAUUUAAUUGUCAUUAUUACUAUUACACAUGUAACUUUUAACAUAGUGGAAGUGGCACAUUUCAUCCAAUUGCUGGAGUAUAUUUGGAAUCGAUAGCCUCAUUGUGGCUCUAAGCUAUGGGAUUUGCCGAACAUCCAAAACAGUUCGCGUAAUAGACUGAAUCUACUUUUCUAUAUGUAUUUUUUACUUUUUUUUUGUUUGUUUGUUUUUUGGAAACAAAUCCAGAUGUGUUGCUUGUAUUUUAAGCGUUUAUUUUCGUUAAAAAACAUGAUAAAGACUUUAGUUUGCCUUUCUUGGCUAGUUAGGCCUACUAAACAUUCCUGCUAUAUUCAGCUGGCAUUGACAUUUUAUCAAAAGAAAAUAUUAUAUAUAUUCAAUUAAGUUUAAAUGAAUUAGAGGAAUUUAAGUUGUAGUUGUUGUGCAUAUAAAUUUUUUUUUUUUUUUUUUUUUUUUACAGCAAUGUAAAAUCUAAAGCACCAUGGGAAGAUCCCCUCCCCCCAACAUUAAGGUUAUAACCUAGGCCCAUGUAGAUAGUCUCACUUCAGUGUUCAUUUGUCUUAUUGUUUGAUUGUCUGAAUAACUAUUGUAUUGUGACUGUUGCACAGUAUAAAGAAAUAAACAUUUUACACUUUC